CACCCCUCUCCACUCUGCAGCCUCCAGUGGAAUGAUCAGUGUGGUCAAGUACCUCCUGGACCUUGGUGUGGAUGUGCUGAGAUCGACUGUGAAGAAAAGAAUGGAAACACACCUCUGCACAUCUCUGCUCGCUACGGCCAUGAGUUACUCAUCAAUACACUCAUCACGAACGCAGCUGACACAGCCAAGCGAGGCGUCCAUGGGAUGUUCCCCCUCCACCUGUCUGCUCUCAGUGGGUUCUCUGACUGCUGUCGGAAGCUCCUCUCAUCAGGCUUUGAUAUAGACACCCCUGACGACUUUGGAAGGACCUGUUUACAUGCUGCAGCAGCUGUUGGGAACCUGGACUGUCUGAAUCUGCUGCUCAACACAGGGGCAGACUUCAACAGAAAGGACAGCUUCGGAAGGAGUCCUCUGCAUUAUGCGGCAGCCAAUUGUAACUACCAGUGUCUGUUUGCCUUGGUGGGGUCUGGGGCCAGUGUGAACGAUCUGGAUAAAAGGGGUUGCACCCCGCUCCACUACGCUGCUGCCUCCGACACAGACGGAAAGUGUCUGGAAUAUUUGCUGCGAAACGACGCUAACCCAGGGAUCAGGGACAAUCAGGGCUACAACGCAGUCCAUUACGCGUCUGCGUACGGACACCGACUCUGUCUGGAGCUGAUUGCAAGUGAAACACCUUUAGAUGUGCUAAUGGAAACCUCAGGGACAGACAUCCUGAACGACUCUGAUGUCAGAGCUCCCAUCAGCCCCCUACACUUAGCUGUGAGUAAAGCCUACCUGCUCCUGUAGGGGUCUCGCCACAUGACAAAUGGCACCCUAUUCCCU